CUUCAUCUUUGAUGUAAAUAGCAUCCUGGACUAGAUAGCUGGAAUACAGUUACUAGAGGCCGUUCACAGUUUUAACAACUGGUUACCGCCGCAGUCGAAAGGGGGAUCUAGAGGGUUCCCCCAGCAGAGUUUAAUAGCAGGUAUACGGUAUUUACCCUUCGGGCUGGAUAUUCAGCCGUUAAGUCCCUUGCCUUGGCAACUUAACGGGUGUUCGAAGUAUUUUAUGGAACCACCCGUUCUGGGCCAUGCCUGCUUCCCGUUCCCAAGAGGAGGCAACAUCAAAUAGAGGAAAUGACGAGGAUGGCGAGGAUGAUGGGGAGGCUGAGGAGGAUGGGAAAGAGGAGGAUGAGGAUGAGGUGGAUGAGGAGGAUGAGGAUGAGGAGGAUGAGGACGAGGAGGAUGAAGACGAGGAGGAUGACGAAGAUGAGACUGAAGAUGACGAGACUGAAGAUGACUGGGUGCCAGGGGAGGAGGAAGCAGAGAGACGAGACACUAACCCGCACCCUAAGGCUAGUGACAACAGUACCGAUCACCUCGUUGAGCGUCUUUUCGGACUCAGCUUGGCACUCUGUACCGAGCCUCUUCUAGAUGGCCAGCCCAGCUCAACCAUCUUGGUCUAUUUCAGUGGCAUAUUAGCCUUCUCGACCAAGCAAAUCAAAUAA